GGUCAAUCACCGUGAAAGAGAUGUCAAACAGAAACACGAAUGUUGAAAUUCUGUUUGGUUUAUUAGUAAUUUCAAAUACAUACAUAAAUACUAAAUGUGUAAACGAAAGUUUCCUGAUAAAUUCCUAUAAUAAUGCGUGCUUUUAUAUUAAUUGUUAUGUUGUUGUACAUACAUAUAAAACCUUCGAAUUUACAACUUCUGAUAAAUGUUAGAAAUCAGGGUGGUGAUGUUAUGCAGGAGAAUAUAACUGCCAACGUGUCUGAGGACACGGUAACACUUGAUUUCUUAAGAUUGGACGGUGUUUACGUUUCUCAACUCGUUGAUUUUACAAAUGAAGUAGAAUCUAUGAAAGUUAUAAUACCGGGAGAAGAAGAAUUGGGCCAAACUGGACACCAGACCCUCUGUUUCAUCACACAUGCUGCCCAGGCUGACUUCAUAGCUCCAGAUGCUAUGGCAAAAUUAAGACAGAAAAAUCCAGGUACAGUGAGAGUGGCGGAAGAGGACAAGGGUUGGAGGCAGACCACAGCCACAGCCUGGGCGGGUAGGGUUACGCGACUGCUGUCUCCGGCCGCAGCAAAGCACUGCGCUGCCGCUAAAGACAGGGUUUAUAUACGAUCUGCUGACUUGACUAGAUGGGCUCCUAGACCUGGUGUGGAGCAGUCGUCCUACGCGUCCGAAGUGAGCCCGUUCCCAGAACACGCGCUGCCGUCGGACAGCGCGGACGGCGCGCCGCGGGUGGGCGCGUGCGUCGCCGAGACGGACACCGCCGCCGAGUGCAUAUGCCAUUUGGAGGUGUGCGUAAACUGGUACCCCUGCGGGCUCAAGUACUGCAAGGGCAAGCCUCAGGGCGGGCUGAGCUACCGCUGCGGCAUCAAGACGUGCCGCCGCUGCUACCGCUACCACUUCUACGUGCGGCGGCGCGACGCCUGCCUCUCGUACACGUGACAGCACGCGCGCCCGCUGGGCCUCUGCCAACUCUACCUUCUAGUCGCUAUAGCUUCCCUCAAACUGUAACUUUAAAAGACAAUACUAUUGAACUUUUGUAAAUAUUUUGCUAGGUGCUGUUUUAAGAAUAAAUGUUAUUUAAUC